GCGGAUGUACAGCCGGGAAACAACGCGAGGACACGAAAACGAAAGUAAUUCAUCUCUGCAAGAUGGUGGCGGGGAAGGGUGCGGGCUGCGGCCGGACGGGGGAUGUCUUGGGGCUGAGGGGCUGCUGCUCCUCUCCGGGAACCCGGCUGCCCGCCCUGGUACUGGCGCUGGUGCUGGCGUGGCUGCUACCCGCGGCAGAUUCAUUGGAUAUGAACAUUUUUGCCAGUCCGAAGAACGUAUUUUUGAAUACAGAGGUUUUGUUGGAAUGUAAAUUUACUGGGUUUAAAGCACCGCUCGACUUGAAAAAUGUAGGUGUGCAGUGGUUCGGACCAGGCACGGAAGAAAUCUAUGUUUUUCAAAUGGGAGCACAUAGGCCCAAGAAACCUGGCACAGAAAUAUCCGACAUUGAUCUAUCUAAAGGAGAUGCUUCACUUCUGCUUAAAAAUGUCCAAUUCGCCGACGAAGGGAAUUAUACUUGUAUUGUGUUUGUCACUCCCGAAAAGGCACGAAAGAGUUCGGAACUGCGAGUUUUAGCUCAGCCGAAGCUGCAUUUAUCCACACAACACGUUACCAUUGAGACUGGUGCGGAGAAGCUGGUGACGUGUGAUGCUACGGGAUUUUACCCUGAGACACAUAACAUCUACUGGGAAAAAGUAUCCAAGGAUAAGACUGAGAAACUAAGCCCCGAUAUCUUCACCACACGUCCAGUUCGUAAUCCGGAUAAAACCUUUAAUGUCUCCAGUGCAAUGAGAAUUGAACCAACUCUAGUUGAUAAUGGCAAUGUGUACAAGUGUGUCGUGGAGCAUAAAUCAUAUACUGACCCUCUCUCGCUCGAGUUGAAACUCACAGUCAAAGAUUCGUUGGAUAUGAACAUUUUUGCCAGUCCGAUGGAGGUACAUUUGAACGAAUCGGUUUUGUUGGAAUGUAAAUUUACUGGGUUUAAAGCACCGCUUGACUUGACAAAUGUAGGUGUGCAGUGGUUCGGACCAGGCAUGGAAGAAAUCUAUGUUUUUCAAAUGGGAGAACAUAGGCGCAAGAAACCUGGCACAGAAAUAUCCGACAUUGAACUGUCUAAAGGAGAUGCUUCACUACUGCUUAAUAAUGUCCAAUUGGCCGACGAAGGGAAUUAUAUUUGUGUUGUGUUUGUCACUCCCGAAAAGGCACAAAAGAGUUCGGAACUGCGAGUUUUAGCUCAGCCGAAGCUGCAUUUAUCCACACAACACGUUACCAUCGAGACUGGUGCGGAGAAGCUGGUGACGUGUGAUGCUACGGGAUUUUACCCUGAGGCACAUAACAUCUACUGGGAAAAAGUAUCCAAGGCUAAGACUGAGAAACUAAGCCACGAUAUCUUCACCACACGUCCAGUUCGUAAUCCGGAUAAAACCUUUAAUGUCUCCAGUGCAAUGAGAAUUGAACCAACUCUAGUUGAUAAUGGCAAUGUGUACAAGUGUGUCGUGGAGCAUAAAUCAUAUACUGACCCUCUCUCGCUCGAGUUGAAACUCACAGUCAAAGAACCUGUGGAAUAUUCGUCAACAGGGGCUAUUCUUGGAGUUUUAUUUGCUGCAAUUAUUCUAUGCGCACUAAUUGCCUUUGGACUCUAUGUUUGCCUCGUGAAAUACAGACCAGUUCCUCCAAAGAUCACUGGACCCAAUGGACAUCAAACCAUGCAACAUCUUGAAAAAGAAAUGGCCACUUGGUGGGUUUGUCCAUUCCGACCUCGUGAAAUUAUAAUUCACUUAUACCUAAAGAGGAAGGGGGAUCAGGUGAGAAAUACUAUUUUAGAUUGGGACAGCAGAAAAUCUACUGAAAACAGAAAUGGAAUGAUCAACGGAGAGGGUCGUAAUGAAGCGAGUAUUCUUAUGAAUUCAAAUUGUGUUGAUGCAUCUUUUACACCAUUGGAUCCCAAAUAUGACACUAAUGCAGAUGGGAUUUCCAGUGUGAUGAUCAAUGUGGAAAUAUAUCCAGAUGUUAACAAGGAUGCAGGGGCUGAAUUAACCAUUGAAGUUCAACAUAAAUCACUGAAACAGCCGAUAUCAAAGACUUUGAUACUGGAUGUUAAAGGAGUGCCACCCAAUGUUUUAAACAUCUUCAAACCUUCUUGCAUCAUUCACAAUGAAUCUGCAUCUUUGAUCUGUUCAAUCACUGGGUUUAAACCGAGACCUUUACGCAUCACGUGGCAACGAAAGAGAAAGAAUAUGGAGGCAGGAGAAAUAGUUCGAAUGGAGGAGGACAACAGGACAAUUAUUCACGGUGGUGACGGGGAGAUGUCCACAUAUAAACAUUACAUCAGUGAGAUGAAGCAUGAUGAUGAAUCCUACAGCAUCACUAGUGUACUAGAGAUAGUGCCUGAUAUAGAGCAAGAUCAAGACUCACUUUACACCUGUAAAGUACAUCACAGCGGCACCAGUGACCAGGAGAGAGAAAUCAAGUUAAUGAUUGCAGCCAUUCCAAAAGUGGACUUAAAGUGCCACGCAGACAAGGUACUUGGUGGUGUACCCAUGACGAUAAGCUGUCAAAUAAAUGCGUUUUACCCCAAAGACAUCACAGUGAAAUGGCUGAAAAAUGAUGAAGAGAUGUUGCAGAAUUUCAAAGUUGCUGAGCCAGUAAUUGGUCAGGACGGUCUCUAUCAUGCGGCAAGUGAUGUGGAGAUAGUCCCCACCAGGGCUGAGCCAACAACCAAAUAUACGUGCCGAGUGUCCCAUCCGAGCCUGACUGAGCCAUUACACAUUGAAUGGGUUGCAGGUGAAAUCGCUUCAUUGCCAGAGCUUACAGCAAUUGAGGUCGAUCCACUUUGCCCCGAAAUGGGAAAGGAAGUAACAUUAUCCUGCAAAGCUUACGGAUUCUAUCCUGAAGGAAAUGAAAUAUUCUGGUUCAAAGAAUUUGAGAAAAUUAAAGAUCUAUUCAAAGCAGGAAUUACUCUGGGACCAAAUGAACUGGACACAGAGAAUGGUUGCUAUUCAUGUUCAUCCAAGUGGAAAUUCACACCAGCUGCUGAUGACCAUGGAAAAGAAUUUAAGAUGAAAUUCCUUCAUUCUGCAACUUCAGGCAACUCCAACGCUUCCAGUUACACUUUGAAAUUAAAAGGGAUUCCAAUUGUCGACGACAUUGAGUAUGAGCCACCAGUGGCUGCGUCCGGUUCGCAACAUCUUCUCGUCUGCAAAGUUGAUAACUUUUAUCCAAAACAAAUCGGAACAAGCUGGCUAUGUAAAGGGAAACCAAUAUCCCAUGGAGUCGAAGAUAUAUUUAUGAUGGAGGAUAAGAAUGGAUGUUUUCAGAUGAGGUCCUCCUUGUGUAUUAAGCCAACUGCUCUACAUUUUGAUGAAAAGAUUUCCUUUCAAGUGACGCAUUCAAGGUUAAAUACUCCAAUAACAAAACAAGUGUCUUUAAAACUUCCAGAUUAUGGCAAAAAAGAAAAUGAUGUCAAUGAAGACGCUGAUGAAGAUUAUGGCAAAAAAGAAAAUGAUGUCAAUGAAAAAGUCGAUGAAGAUUAUGGCAAAAAAGAAAAUGAUGUCAAUGAAGACGCUGAUGAAGAUAAUGGCAAAGUAGAAAAUGAUGUCAGUGAAGAAGUCAAUGAAGAAAAGUUGAAGGUGGUCUCAAAGAUAACAUGCCGCCCAGAGAAACCUAAGGCUGGGCACCCUGUAAUGCUGUCCAGUGAAGUUCGAGACGCAAAUGCAGAUCAAGCCCAUAUCAUCUGGUACAAAGAUACUUACCCUUUUGAUGAACAUCGGUAUGUUACAAACACGCCAUUUGAAAAUGAAUAUGGUUUCACUACGACUUUAACUUACACACCAAAGGAAACAGAUGGCAAUCAUAUCCAAGUUUUCAUUGAUGUUAACAUGGAAGAACAUGUGAGAGAUUUCGCCUUAAUAUUAAGUUGAAUAAGCGAGUUCGGUAUUCCAAAAAAACGCAAGGAAUCAUGGGAUUUGUCAUUUGCCAUAAAGAAAAAGCGAACGAAGCGCCGGCUGAAUAAACUAUAUAAAUUCUUAUCUUUAUUCAUGAUUUAUGUGUAAAAAUAUAUUUAAUCUGAGGAAUGGGGGUGCCGUGUGGUCACAUUAUAGGAACGCAACGAUGAUAGUUUCUGAGUCGAAUUUCACUAUCCUGCUAAUUUCAAAGCAGUGGAAUUCUUCAGCCUCAUCUAUGAGAGACUCCCAUAAAUGGUCAAUUCCUCAUCCCCCCCAAAGGAACAGGUAGCGUGAGAGCGGGAUGUAACAGCGAGAGAGAGGGGGCAGAUGCGAGUGAGAGACAGGGGAGAGCGCAGACACAGACCCACCUCAUCCGCAACCAGGAUUGAACCCGGGUCCCCAGCGCCGCAAGCGCUGCCUAACCGCCACUGUCCCCUGACCCGUCCCCGUUCCGUUCCCCCCCCCCCCCCCCCCCCACCGAGUGUCCCAUCCCCGCCCAGCGACCCCGGACCGACGACACCAAUGGCCCCACGCCCAUAGCCAGCGCGGAGAAGAAGCGGCAACCCCAGCUCAACUCCGCCUGUCUCGUCGGGCCAACCAACAGCCUCCAACCGACGGGACACCAGCCUCGGACACCACCGACGAGACACCAGGCCCACAGCCAGCGCGGAGAAGAAGUGCCAACUCCAGCCCAACCAUGCUCCAACUCCUGAGGAACCCACUCCCCGAUGAGCCGGGGAGCCGCCAGCAGCCGCCGGCCAAGCCCCCUGGUGCCGGCGAAAGCCGAGCACCAGCCAUCAAUGGGGACACACAUAAAGCGCAGCAGCAACUUAGCUGGGACAGGCAGCAUCCCCAGAGAAAAGGAAUGGGUGACAUUUCGGGUCGAGACAUCUCCAGAGAUGUUGCCUGAGCCGCCGAGCCACCGCAGCACCCAGUGUGCAUCUCCGCCGAUCACCGCCGCUCGGCCCCUGCCAACCGACAGCCACUGGACAAGGAGAGAGGCGCAGCCGACAGUCCCCGGCCCCCCAGGAGCCGGAGCAGAACCAGAACCGAAGCUAGCGCCUUUUCCCCGCGCAGUCUGCAAGCCCGGCCCGACACCUCCGGCUGCCCCCGGACAUGGACGGGACACCCGGGAGGGGACGGGGACGGCUCAGCAACAACUCAACAGUGCCCGCAGCGCCGGAGACACGGGUCCAUGAAGCAGCACGAUCUCACUCACUCACCAAAGCAUUAAGCAAUAAAAACAACAAAUUAAU